GGUGGGCGAGAAGAGAACACAGAAAAGGGAAACCAGACGGACAUCUCUGCCCAAAGAGGGGAAGGAGAGGGAAGCGAAGAGGAAGACGAGAUCUAGAAGAUCUAAUUCGUGUUUCUGCCCUUCGUCUCUCCGCUAGUCCCUUCUCAGAUCCGCAAUCUCAAGGGGGGAGCGAAAAUGUCGAGCUUCAGCGGAGACGAGACCGCCCCGUUCUUUGGCUUCCUCGGCGCCGCGGCCGCUCUCGUCUUCUCCUGCAUGGGAGCCGCGUAUGGAACGGCGAAGAGCGGCGUCGGCGUGGCCUCGAUGGGCGUGAUGCGGCCGGAGCUCGUCAUGAAAUCGAUCGUGCCCGUCGUCAUGGCUGGAGUGCUCGGUAUCUACGGUUUGAUUAUAGCAGUGAUUAUCAGCACCGGGAUCAACCCUAAGGCUAAAUCAUACUACCUUUUCGACGGCUACGCUCACCUAUCUUCUGGUCUGGCUUGUGGCCUGGCCGGUCUUUCUGCUGGGAUGGCCAUCGGCAUAGUCGGUGAUGCUGGCGUCAGGGCUAAUGCACAGCAGCCAAAGCUGUUCGUUGGGAUGAUUCUCAUUCUUAUUUUUGCUGAAGCUCUGGCCUUGUAUGGUCUCAUUGUGGGCAUCAUCUUGUCAUCUCGUGCUGGCCAAUCCAGGGCAGACUAAGCAUAUUCAAAGAUAAGCAUUUUGGUUUGACUGUUCUUCAUGAAUCAUCAUUUGGUCUGAGAUCAGAGACCUGUUAUCCACUGUACUAUCUCUAGUUUUGAAUUUUUCAUGUUGGAACUAGACUAUUUUUUCUAGUUAUAGUCUCUACGUUGUUUAUUAGGGCACUAAAGGUUUUGGUUGAAAUAAAGCUUGUAUUGCCAACCUGCUGAAUUGUAGCGGAUCUUUUUUUGGUGAAGGAACAAGGUUUAACACGCUGUGAAAGCAGAUUGUAAUCAUGUUUUUAGUUUUUA